AUGGAGAGGACAUUGUCACCUUCUUUAUCACUAAUUCCCUUCUUGGGUUUCUCUUAUACUAUAGAAUUCUCAAUUGUGUUCAAAUUUACUACUCAAAAUACAGCUGAAACAUCAUCUAACAGCGCUAACAAGUUAUGCAAUGAUAAUGAGAUUGCCUCGAAGGAUGCAUCUGUAAAUGGGGAAAGGAUGGUGGCAAGUGAUGAUAAUGUUGGAAAACUAUACGUGGGAGAUGUGGAGAUGAGAUUGAAUUCAGUCGAGUUUUCAAACUUGUUCGACGAGGAUGAGCCAAGUUUGACGGAACUGAAGAAAGCUUUUGAUUUGUUUGAUCAAAAUAAAGAUGGGUUCAUUGAUGAAAGAGAAUUGCAGGAUGUUUUGUUUAAGUUAGGAUUUAAGGAAGGACAUGAUAUUAAGGAAUGCAAGAGAAUGAUAAGAGUAUUUGAUGAUAAUAGAGAUGGUAGGAUAGACUUUAAUGAGUUUGUUAAGUGUAUGGAAAAGAGCUUUGAAUGA